AAAUUCACUCAAUUCAUCCUCCUCUCUCUAUCCAGCAAAGUGAGACUUAGGACGAUGGUCUGAUUGUCACGCUCACCCCCGCGUUCAUCCCCAAAUCCAAAUUUAGGAAGCUGCAGAAGUUCACGAUGCACAAAACCCGUGAUACUUGGUUGGCAAUUUUAGGCUAUUAGUCAAAUUUCGGGGGUGAAGGGGUGGCGGUAGCGCAUGCAAGCUAAUUGCCGGUGAUUAUUCGAUAGUUACUACCUUACAUGCUACCAGUUCAUUGGCCCGGAGCGCAAAGUGCUGAGAUUACUGAGGGACUUCACUAUUCAGAAUAUCAACUUUCCCACGAAAUGGAGAGAAUGGUUGCAGCGGGACAAACCAUAUCAAAUUCCACCAGAUCGCAGCCUAGAUUUCAGGUAUAAAACCCCCCCUCGCCCUCCCCCAUCUUGCUUCCUCACCACCACCAGCUUCUCUGACAAUCCAUCGACAGCAUUGAUAUCCUCUUCUUCAAUUCAUUUCAAUCCCCAAGCCCUUUUUAUUGAAAAUGCAGGCUAAGGUCUUCCUCUCUACCAUGUUGGCGAGUCUCCUCGCGGCCGGUGUUAUUGCUACUCCGACUGCUCUUGAGGUUCGAGAUAUCAAGUCCACCCAUGGUUGGGACGGCACCGUCACUGCUCUCGAAAAGGUCGCCGCCUCAGUCGGAAAUGUGAAGCCCCACCCCAAGGGGACUGUCAUCACUCCCAAAGAAAAUGAUACCCCGGUUGCCUCAACUGAUGUCGAAGCCAGAGAUCUCGUGAGUAGAAACCUAUCUGCCAUCAACUGUAUUUGACGGGCAGUGAUUAACUUUUACAAUAGGAGAAUCUUUCAAAGAGAACCGCUGGAUGUAUCUAUGUGACCAAGGAUUCGUAAGCAGUGCCUUACUUGGUAUCCCCCUUUCCCCCAACGCUAACAGAAUUACUCCAGCAACUUCGGCGGUGGAAGUCUGUACCUCUGUAUUGCAACAAACGGCGGCUGCACCAACUGGAACAACGAUUGGAGAUACAGCAUUAGCUCUUUCGGCCCCGACCCAGGUAUUACCUACUUAUCCGAGAAUCGCCCUAAUGAGCUCUGCUGACAUUCUCUCUUACAAGGCACCACUUGCCAAAUCUUCACCAACUCGAACUGUGCUAGCGGUGGAUCCGUGCCCUUCGGAUACCCCGGGUACGGAAACCUCGGAGGAUGGAACGACAACAUGGGCUCCUUCCGCUGCUGGUGGUAGUGGAUGGAUGCAACUCUUUAGCAUUGGUUGA